AGGCUUUUGUCUAGCCUCCCACAGCAUUUCAUAGAUGUGUAAGACACAUUAGUUUAAAACCCUGACACCCCUUUACUCUCAUUGCAGUGAGUUAGGCUUAAGUGUUCAAAAGUGAGUCAUGUCAGGACAUGACAAAAGCAACCAAGCGUGUCAGCAGAACAGAGCAGACCCGAGGGUGGGGUGGACUGCGAAGCCUCUGCAGUUCAGUCAGUGUCGGCACAAAGCUUUUCACACACACGCACAGAUGUGAGCUUGUGAGAGAAAUCUGCUGUGACGCGGAGCUGAGCCUCGGGUCAGGACCAGCAGACAGCACCAGGCUCACCCGUCUGAGGAGCAGCUUUCAUCUGGACCUGCAGCCCGUUUGGACCGGCCAUGGAGGCUUCGGUUCAUCUGUUUUCUCCCCCUCAUCAUUCUGAAUCGCUGUUGGAGACAAUCAUGGGCCCACAUGGCAUCAACAGAGCCGUCCAGAGACUGGAGUUUGCCGACUGCAAGAAAGGACUCGGUGUUAAAAUCAUCGGAGGUUACAAAGAGCUGACAGGCGAAGAGUUCGGCAUCUUCAUCAAGCGGGUGAUCGCCGGCGGCCUGGCUGCCCUGGACGGGAGGCUUAAGUCAGGUGACCUGAUUCUGGAUGUCAAUAAUAUCAGUCUGAUUGGAGCGACCAAUGAGAGGGCAGUGGAGAUCCUAAGGACAGCCUCCCUCUCCAACCACAUGUCCUUGUUGAUCGCCCGGGAUGAAGAGUCCAGGAGGGAGUUUGCAGAGUUGAUGGAAAAAUACGGCUCAAGCAACACCACAGCUUCAGGACGGAUUUCUCCCACUCAGUUAUCAUCAGGAAAACUAACGGACACAGCCUCCUCUUCCUCCUCCUCUCGAUCAGAAAGCCCCCAGCUGCUCAGUCCCAAAGAGGGAGUCACAUCCUACAUGCAGGCUCCACACUACACAGCAAACCCCUCCUACACUGUGCACACACCUGUGCACAACUUCAGUGACAGUAUCAUCCAGCUGAUCUGUGUUGCCAAGGGAACAGGCCUGGGGCUCGUCAUCAGGGGCGGAGCUAACCGAGCUGAAGGACCAAUGGUGUUCAUUCAGGAAAUUGUGAAUGGAGGAGACUGUCAGAAGGAUGGCAGGUUGCAAGUGGGGGAUCAGCUGGUGUCAAUCAACAAAGAGUCUCUGAUCGGAGUGACAUAUGAGGAGGCAAGGAGCAUCCUGACACGCACCAAGCUGAGACCGGAUCCCACUGUGGAAAUCGCCUUCAUCAGGAGGAGGUCGUCGUCCAGUUCCAGCAGCGGCUCGCACAGCCCCAUCUGCCAGCAGGGGGAGAGUGGAGGGGGGAAGGCCCCAGGACUGUUCACCAUGCCCCCCCAGCUUCCCACGGUGGCCAAGAUCACCUCCAGCAGAAACCCCCACUGUGAGACGCUCCCAGCGGUCAAUGUAACCCAGGUACGAGUGUCUCCGGCCAGAACAGAGCAGGCUUGCGUGUCCUUGGCUUCACGGAGUGACGGCGUUGCUGUGACAACCCCCGACACCCCUGCUAGUCUGCCCCUUCAGAGGAAGAGCUCGCUCAGCGCUACCUGUCGACUCAAACUGGAGCGGCUGGAGCAGGCUCUUGAUCUGAUUGGACUGAAACCCACAGAGGUUCAGCGACAGACACUUAUGUCCAGACUACAAGCCGACCCAGCUGGGACAGUGGCCUUCACAGAGUUUGACAGCCUGAUCCGGGAGCUGUUUAAGCCUCAGCUGGAGGAGCUGAUUAACACCCAACCAGGGGCCAGGUUUACGCCUGACGACCUAUCUAGUCUACCAGAGUCACGCUCCAAUCCGCAGCUCAUGCUGUCAGACUCUGUGGAUCUGGAAGAGAUGGAGAAGCUGAGAAAGGAGCACAUCGAGGCUCUGAAGGACAUCAAAAGGCUGCAGGAACAGCUCCUGCAGUCCCAGAGAACGCAGGAGGACCUGGAGGAGGAUCUCAAGAAAGCUAAGCAGGAUGUUAAAGUGGGAGCAGAGGAGAGUAGAGCUCUCAGGACUCGCAUCCAGCAAGCCGAGGAAGCCCAGAAGCAGGCAAGGGGGAUGGAGAUGGACUAUGAAGAGGUGAUCCACCUCCUGGAAGCUGAGAUUGCAGAACUAAAGACCCAGAGGAUGGAACACCCAGCAUCAACCAAAAAGGAGGAAUGUGGGACUUCUAAGGAGCAGACAGAGGAGCUGAAGAAGAGGGUGACGGUCCUGGAAAGCCAGCUAAGGAAGAGUGAAGCAGCCAGAAAGGGCUUUGAAAUGUCAACAGGAAAACUUCUAAGCUUUGUUGAGACUGUUCAGGAGUUUCUACUAGAAAGUCAUGGACCCCCCAAGAGCUACAGCUCUGGAGACAUCAAGGUGGCCCCCCUGUCUCACCCCAGGAGAAGUCCAUGGACGGCGGCCACACUGGCCCAGGAGGCGAGGGAGCUGACGCGGAGCGUCAGAGCUUUCCUGGAGGUGGACUCGCUGACCUUCUAGAAAAACAUGUCACCGACACGCUGAGUCAGCAAGGCCAAACACGGGUGGGCAUCUCCAACCUCGCUGCCGUUUUUCCCGCCAGUUCCUCAUCGACCCCUCCCACUGACGGACUGGUGAACCAGCAUGAACAGUGUCUGCACCCUGGAGAAGCUGCCAGCAGCAAGUCUUACGCUGCAGAAGUGAGGGCUGCCCCCCCCCAGGCAGCAGAGACUUACCAAUAAAAGCACGACCUCUGAAAAGCAGAUGGACCACAUCAAUCCUUCUGUCAAUUAAUGAUCAGAACUCAUCAGACAAUCAGAAACAAAUCAAACCAAAACUGUUGCUUCAAAUUUGUCUUUUUAACCUUUUUAUAAAUAUUCAUUUCGUAUGGCACUAUUAUUGAAAUCUUUUCCAAAAUGAGGAAAGACAUGUCUUUAAAUUGAUAUCAGCAAGGUGCCUGACUGAUAAGUGAAAGGGACAUUGGUGUUGUCCUUCAGCUGUCUCCCAGCCUCCGUCUCUGUAACAGUCAACACCUUCUUCAUGUGUCCGCCUUUAGAAGUCAGUAUAGACGUAUGACAGCUAGAUCACCACUAACUUCUGCUCAUUGUGUAGCUUUGUGUUGGAGUGGCUGAGCGCCAUCUUUGUGACCUAGACUAGCAGACAAAGCAGCAUCAAACAGCACAGGAGCACGCCAUAAUCCGUCCUCGGAGCCUUCUGAGUCCAGUCUGUAACGUGUCUGUUGGACCGGCUCGGCUGUAAUGGAUGUGAAAUAAAGAGUUCUGAUUUUGGGGGA